AUGUACGAUUUAAUCAGCGAAUUCAAGUGUGUCGUAUGUUUCGACUACAUGAAACCGCCAAUACAGAUGUGCCUUAACGGCCACAGCUGCUGCAACUCCUGCUUUCGACGCAUGAACCAGUGUCCUGAAUGUAGAGGCCAAAAGAGCGAUUACAGGAACUUGAACCUGGAAAGGAUAUGCAACAAACUCGUCUUCCCCUGUCGAAACGCAGACUACGGUUGCGACUUCGCGUCAAAGGGAGUGGACGUGGUGUCACACGAGGGUAAAUGCGUUUAUGAAUAUAUGCCAUGUCCAUUUGCUGAAUAUGGGUGCACAUGGUCAGGAGUGUACAACACGAUGGAGGAUCACUUUAGAGACAAUCAUUAUUUCAUAUAUGAUAUUCCAAACUGUUGUUAUCUAAGGGGUUUCAAUUGGGGUGCCAAUACUUGGCACCAGCCGCUGAAGUUCGAGGGAUUCCUGUUCGUACUUAGCGUAAUAAAGGAACGAAGUCGUUAUUGGUUUGGCGUUUACUCGAUCAUUAACACUGAUGUUACGUAUAAUCAUGAGUUGAAAUUCAUGGAUUCUACGAACAGGACGAUCCGUUUUAGAGGAAUUUGUUCGAAAAGAUGGACCACCGAAGAUGACGUGAGCAAUCUACAGAGUGCCCCUGGGAUGUUGGUUAAGAGCUUCAGACAGGGUAACCUCGUUAAAUACAAGAUCGAAAUAUUUCAUCCACCUUUAGAAAAUUAA